CCAUGUCGCUAUCUUCCAUUCGUCUCCACGUCCAGAAACGCACCAAUCUCAUGAGCCAUUUUCUCCUCCCUGAGUUGACCGUUCCAGUUAGUUUAACACCUUAACUUCCAUUAGCUGAUAGUAAUAUACUAGUAGUACUCACUCCGUCGCAAAAAAAAAAAAAAGACAAACCCUAAUUUCCGUGUCCAACGUUUGACUGUCCGUCUUAUUAAAAAAAUUAUAAAAAAAAUUAAAAAGAUAAGUCACGCAUAAAAUAUUAAUCAUGUUUUAUCAUCUAACAACAAUGAAAGUACUAAUUAUAAAAAAAUUAUAUAAGAUAGACAGUGAAACGUUGGCAUGAAAAUUUAGGGCUUGUCUUUUUUUUUUUUUUUGGACGGAGGGAGUACGUAGUAGUAGCUUCUAUCAUCAACGACAAAUCUCCCGUUGUCUUGUCUUCUCUUCGCACCCUAAGAUUUCCACGUCGUCGAUGCCUUUUCGUUGUUCGCGUCGGGUUCACCAGCUAGGUGGUUCGCCAUGAAGUACAGGAAGGGGGUCGCCGGCGAGUCCAACGAUGACGACGGCUCGACGAAACGAGGUCGUGACGCUACACCGAGCAUCCAGGUGGAGAUCGCUGAGUACCAUGGAGGCGGCGGCGGCGGAGGAGGUCUUGGCAACGGGGGCGGUGGCUCGGCGUCGUUCUUCGAGCCGUGGCGGGAGGCCACGCCGGGAAGCGGGAGCGGACACGGGAGCUCGGGCAGGGGCGGCGGCGGGCGCGAGCCGCCGGAGAAGCGGCUCACGCUGUUCUCCCUCCGCCUCGCCGUGCUCGAGAAGGCGGCGAGCGGGCUCGGGAUGCUCGACUUCAUGUGGGCGACGGUGGUGCUCCUCGGCGGCUUCGCCAGCGCGCUCAAAAUCACCGACUUCUGGUGCGUCACCGUCAUCCUCGUCGGCGAGGGCGCGCGCGUCUUCGGCCGCAGCCACGAGCUGGAGUGGCAGCACCACUCCACGCUCACCUCCACCGCCGGCAGCGCGCUGCGCUCCAGCUCACGGCUCUUCCGCCGCCUCGUGCACGCGCUCGACGACCCGGCCGCCGCCACCGUCACCGGCGGCGCUCGCGGCCAGGACGCGCGCGACAGGGCGGCGCAGUUCCAGCGACAGAUCGUCGCCUUCAUGAAGCAGCGCGCCUGGCACGCACCCGACGUGUCGCUGCUCCCUUACACCGGCUGGGUCUUCGUCUCCAAGAAGAUCGGGAGGCUCCUCAACUGGCUGCAGGUGCUCUCCGCCUUCACCUGCGUCGCGCUCUCCGUGAUGCGGCUAUGGCGGCAUGAUUUCGGCGACGAGCCCAACAAGCGGCCGGCGCUGCUGCUCUUCUACACGUUGGCGUUGAUCGAGGCGCUCCUCUUCCUGCUCGAGAAGGCGUACUGGACAUGGAAGAUCUCCGUGCGGAAGCUGCUCGAGCAGGUGAGCCGCGAGUGCGAGCUCGGUGCGUAUGGCCACGUCUCGCUCACGCGCUUCUUCUACGACGCCUACUCGCGCUGCAUCAACGGGAGCAUCUUCGACGGCAUCAAGAUGGACCUCGUCACCUUCGCCGAGGAGCUCAUCCUGUCCGAGUUCCUAGACGAGCAGCUCAUCGGCGUGCGCAUCCUGCAGCAGUUCGCCGACGCCAAGGGCUCCGCGCGCGACACGCUGCGCAAGGUCGGCACGAGCGCGCGCUCCAUCGAGCGGCUCGUCGAGAUGCUCAACUGGAAGCGGCCCGAGGAGGAGGAGGUGCGCUGGUGCGCGGCCCAGGUGGUGUCCAAGCUCGCCGGCAAGCGCCAGAACGCGCUCCGCGUGUCGGGCAUCCCCGGCGCCAUCGAGUCCGUCAUGUCCCUGCUCUACGCCGGCUGGAGCGCGCCCGUGUCGGCGACGCCGCACGACGUCUCGCCGGCGGCGCGGAGGAGCUACGACCACCCGCAGUUCAACCUUCUCGGCCUGCUCAUCCUCAAGAGGCUCGCCAGGGACCACGACAACUGCGGCAAGAUCGGCAACACGCGUGGCCUCCUCGCCAAGAUCAUCGAGUUCACGCACGCGUCGCCGGCUCUGCUCCGCAACACGCUGGCGCCGGAGUCGCAGGUGCGCGCCGUGAAGCUCGCGCUGAAGGUCGUCAAGAUUCUGGUGUCCACGACGGGCAGCACCGGCAAGAUGCUCCGGCGGGGGGUCGCCGAGAACGUGUUCACGGUGAGCAGCCUGCGCGUCGUCCUGCAGCACGGGCAGCAGCACAGGGCUCUGCAGAAGCUGGCCACGGACAUCCUGUCGGGCCUGGCCAUGGACGACAAGGGCAAGCAGGUGAUCGUGGGCACCGGCGGGGUGGUCAAGCAGCUCCUAUCGAUAUUCGUGGAUGCCGAGACAGAGCUCGGCGGCGAGGCCGGCGAGGCGCUGGCGAUGCUGGCGCUGGAGAGCGAGGCGAGCUGCGCGGCGAUCCUCAAACGGGACGACGUGCUCGACCACCUCGUGUCGGCGCUCGAGGGCGACGGCGGGGCGCGUCGUCUGAACGCGGCGAGGGUGCUGCGCAACCUGUGCGCGUACGCCGGCGAGAAGCAUCGACCGCGCCUCUCCGCGGUGAUCAAAGCGAUGCCUGUGGUACUGAAGGCCACCAUGACCGGCAGCGACAAGAUCCUCGAGGUGUCCGUCGGCCUGACGACGCAGAUCUGCAAGUUCAUCGACGGCGAUCGGUUCGCCGACGAGCUGCGCGGCGCCGGCAUCGACGAGAGAGCCUACGUGGAGCGGCUGGCGAGCAUCCUGCGGGAGCACAGGUACCCGGUGAUCAGGGUGCCACGGAUGCGGCGGUUCAUCGUGCAGCAGGUCAUCUGGCUCAUGACCUCGUCCUCCUCCGCCGAUGGCGGCGGCGGCGGCGGCGGCGGCGCGAACUACGUAUCGCUUCUCCGGGAGGCCGGGAUGGAGCGGCUGCUGGAGUCCAUCGCCGACACCACGUCGGAGCUGGAGUGCUACCACGUGUUCUCCGGCAGCGUGGGCAUCAGCAAGCACCGGGAGAGCUUCUCGGCUGCCGUCGACGCCGCGCUGGAGCUGCUCGGCGGCGAUGGCCGGAGCUCGAGCUGAGUGAUGAGAAAUUGCCCGGGAUCUGCUGUCUUUAUUCCUGCACUAACACAGAUCCUUUUUCUUCUUGUUUAUUUUUUUUAAAAAAAUAUUUUUCUUAGUAAAAGAUAGCUUAUCCUAAACGUGAUGCCUCUCGUAGGUGAUUCAGUUCAUAAUUUUGUACAGAACGAACCAAUGAACGACAGCAGCUGAGCAGCAAGUACACUGGUCUGACCUUUCACUUUUGUAGGAGUAUGAACUUAUACAAUGUACUACCUCAAUUUGUUACAGUUGUAACUAUUAUACAAGAUAUAAACACCAUCUGAUAGUAAGAUUCAUUGAGAUACAUUGGUUAAA